AUGCAUCUCAACUCCAUUGUCGUCUCCGGCCUCGUCGCCGCGGCCGCCCGCCAGGCUGGUGCUGUUCCCUGCCCCAAGCCGCCCCCGACCUACAAGCCCAUUACCAACAUUCAGUUGGGCCCCAGACCCUACUGGUUGGUCAACGACAUGGACGAUGGCCCGCUCAAGGAGAAGCUUCAAUCGUGCUCUGAGCAGCCCAUAAAGCCCUCCAACUGGAGCAUCGGUCACCGUGGCGGUGGUACCAUGCUGAUUCCCGAGGAGUCUGUCGAAUCCAACCUGGCUGGCGCCCGUAUGGGUGCCGGUGUUCUCGAGUGCGACGUCGCCUUCACCAAGGAUCGCGAACUGGUCUGCCGCCACUCGCAGUGCGAUCUGCACACGACGACAAACAUUGUCGCCAUUCCCGAGCUCAAUGCCAAGUGCACCACUCCCUUCAAGCCCGCCGCCGAUGGCAAGCCUGCUAGCGCCAAGUGCUGCACUUCCGACAUCACUCUUGCUGAGUUUAAGACGCUCUGCAGUAAGAUGGACGGCUUCAAUGCCUCUGCCACUACCCCCGAGGCUUUCCUCCACGGCACCCCCAGCUACCGCACCGAUCUGUAUGCCACUUGCGCCACCGUCAUGACGCACAAGGAGCACAUCGCCUUGACCAACGACCUCGGCUUGCUUUUCAGCCCCGAGCUCAAGCUUCCCGAGGUCGACAUGCCCUUCGAGGGCGACUACACCCAGGAGCAGUACGCUCAGCAGAUCGUCGACGAGUACAAGGCUGCCGGCGUCGCCCCUGAGCGCGUCUGGCUUCAGUCCUUCCACUACCCCGACGUCCUCUACUGGCUCAAGGCCGAGCCCGAGUUCGGCAAGCAGGCCGUCCUCCUCGACGAAAACGGCGACACCCCCGCGACCUUCCCCAUCGCCGUCGAGAAUCUGACCGAGUACGCCGCCGCUGGUGUCCAGAUCAUGGCUCCCCCUCUGUACUACCUUGUCACUGUCGAGGACGGCAAGAUCGUACCCAGCAGCUACGCUGUCAAGGCCAAGGAGCUGGGCCUCAAGCUCAUCUCCUGGUCUUUGGAGCGUUCUGGUUUCCUUGGAGAUGGUUCCAAGGGAGGCUACUACUACACCUCCAUUGCCAACGUUACCAACAAUGACGGCGAUGUCUACAACCUGCUCCACGUCCUUGCCCAGGACGUCGGUGUCGAGGGUAUCUUCUCCGACUGGAGUGCCACCGUCACCUACUACGCCAACUGCUUCGGUCUGUUUUAG